GCACGCGCUCGGAUUCGUGCCUCGCCGCGCUCUUGUUGACGUGCGCGCACGCUCUUUCACACCGCAGCACUGUCGAUACUGUGCAAAUAAACAAAUCAACAACAAAAAAACAAAGAGCAAAAACACAAACAAGACAACAACUUUGAGCCAACUUCGAGUUGAAUGAGGAUUGCUGUUUGCUAGCGCGAAGAAAAUAGCCGCAUCCGUUUGAAUCAAGUGGUUGCAAUGUGUGAGACCAAGAAGAUCAUCUUGGUGUUUGUUUUCCUUGGCAGUGCAGGUCCAGUGUCAGGUGCAUCAGAUGAACCUGUUUGAACGUUGCAUCAGUUCGUCAGGAUUUUUCAUCUCUUAUGUGUUCAGCCACCUGGAUAGCUGCCUCUCUGCAAGUGAGCAUCAUACCCGUGCAAGGCGAGAUCAGCGUUGGAGAGUCCAAGUUCUUUUUGUGCGAAGUCGGCGGGGGCGCCAAGGGAAUUGACUGGUUCUCACCGACCGGAGAGAAGAUUGAACCCUACAGGCAGGAUGUCAGCGCGUUCCGGAAUGACGAGACAUCCUCCACACUUACCAUCUACAACGCUAACAUCGAGAACGCUGGAGCCUACAAGUGCGUCGCCACCGGCUGGGACCAGCAGGCUGAGGCCACCGUCAACGUAAAGAUAUACCAAAAGAUUACAUUCAGAAAUGCGCCAUCCCCACAAGAGUUCACAGAGAAGGACAACGCCGUCAUCGUCUGCGAUGUCGCCAGUUCCCCUCCACCAACUGUUAUCUGGAAACACAAGAGGGCAAAAAUUCAGUUUGACAAAGAUGUUCGCUUCAAAUUCCUAAGCAACAACCACCUGCAGAUAAGAGGAAUCAGGAAAGCAGAUGAAGGCGAGUAUACGUGCGAGGGACUCAUCAUGGCCAGGGGCGAGAUCGACUUUCGCACCAUCUUCGUGGUGGUGAACGUUGUCCCCACUAUCCAAGUUCGACAGCCUGAAGUGAACAGCACAUCUGACAUGGGCCACACCGCCACGCUGGCCUGUGAUGCUGACGGCUUUCCCAAGCCUGUGGUCUCAUGGACACGUAACAACGCCCUGGCGAGCGGGGACAAGUAUAGGUUCAGCGAGGACGGCUCCGAGAUGACUAUAAUGGACGUUAAGAAGCUGGACGAGGGAGAUUAUACUUGCGUCGCCAGGAACAAAGCGGGGAAAAGCGAGGAGGAAGUCAGUCUCAGAGUCUUCGUAAAACCCACGAUCACAUAUCUGGAGAACCGGACCACCACGGAGACGGAGGAGCGGGUCACGUUGACGUGUGAAGCCACCGGGGACCCCACGCCAAGCAUCACGUGGAGUUUCGGCUCACGUGUGUUCAACGAGGGUGAGCAGGAGCAUCUAAAGCGGAUUUAUCAGGCAUCUUGGACUCGUCCCGAACAGCACAAGAGCGAGGAUGGAAGCGUGGUGGUCCGCAGUGAUGCACGCCUGUCCGCCCUCACCCUGAAGUACCCCCAGCACACAGAUGCCGGCCGGUACCUGUGUACCGCCCGCAACGCUGUGGGCGAGACGUCCCAGCACAUGACCCUGGAAGUGCAGUUCGCUCCCAAAAUCCUGGGCUCAGUGGCGGUCUACACGUGGGAGGGGAACGCGGCCAACAUCAGCUGUGAGAUCCUGGCGCACCCCAGCGAGGUCUCCAUCGUGUGGCUGCGGGACGGUCUCCAGCUCCCUCACGCCAACGCCUCCAACGUGAAGAUCCACAACACGCCCUCUGCCAGCUACCUGGAGGUUAACCCGGACUCCCAGAAUGACUUUGGCAGCUACAACUGCACGGUCUCCAACGAGAUCGGGACAGAGUCCAAAGAGUUCAUCCUGAUCCAAGCAGACGUACCCUCCGCCCCGACCAUCAGCCAGGUGGAGCCCUACUCCAGCACGGCCGUGCUGAGCUUUGCCGAGCCCGAGGCCAUGGGAGGGGUUCCCGUGCUGAAGUACCGAGUGGAGUGGAGAGCAGCUAGCCGCAGUAACUGGGCCCAGCGUGUGUACGAGGUCCGAGAGGGAGGCUUAAGUGCUGUCACGAUCACUGGCUUAAAACCGGAAACCAGCUACGAAGUCAAGAUGUCUGCUGUCAACGGCAAAGGGCAGGGCGAGAGCAGCCCGUCUGUCGCCUUCAAGACUGAGCCUGUUCAAGGGGAACCCAGUCCCCCUAAGCUGGUCGGCACCCUGCAGCCUAAGGGUAACAUCCUCAAAGUGAACUGGCUGAAACAGGACGAUGGCGGCUCCCCCAUCAUCCACUACCUCGUCCGCUACAAAGCUAGAGACGAUCCGGACUGGAAGCCCGAGGUGCGGCUGCCCGGCUGGAGCGAGCACACCCUACUGAGCGGCCUGGACUGGGACACGGAGUACGAUGUGCUGGUGGUGGCCGAGAACCAGCGGGGCAAGUCACAGCCGACCACGCUGGCCUUCCGCACAGCCUUAGAACCCGCCGCCAACCCAGACUCUGUGGAGGGCGGGGUCGGCCUGAACACGGGGCUGAUCGUGGGCAUCCUGGUCCUGGUGUGUGCUCUGCUGCUCCUGGCCGUCGACGCGGCCUGCUGUGUCCUCAACAAGUGUGGCGUCCUCAUGUGCAUCUGUGGCAAGGCUGGGGCUAGUACCAAGGGCAAAGACGUGGAGGCGUGCAAGGCUGCUUAUGUUAAAGACAACUCCAAAGAGCCCAUUGUGGAAAUGAGGACGGAGGACCAGUUCACAGCCAAUCACGACAUAGGAGGGCAUCCUGAGCCCAAUGAGACCACGCCCCUGACAGAGGCGGAGCGACUGGCAGAUGGCGCGGCCGCCGUAGUGGACUUGCCUCUGUCGGUGGCCACUAACUCGGACACGGUCACUGACACCUUUGACCUCAGCCAGGGUAGCCCUGUUAGCGAGAGCACCACGCUCACCUCCAGCCUCGUGGUCCCGCCCCCUGACCCCUACCCCAUCCCUGCCUCAGGCCCCGACACCAGCACCCCGAAGACCAUCUCCCAGCCCCUGGCUGCCUCCCUGCUCAUCUCUGACACCCCACUGGUGGACUUGGCUGAUCCCCAGCCCACACAAACCAAUGGUCAUCCAAGUAUCCCAUUAGACCCUCCCUCAGUUCUUCUGCUUCCCCAAGAAACAACACCCAAAGGGCCAGAAAAGGAUGCUGUGCUGGCCAGCUUUUUAGAGAGUCCAGACGCACGCACGUCACUGCCCCCUACCUUGCACGACACCGCUGACCCCGAGCCCUCAGUGAACUGUGGGCUCCAGGAAGAUGGAGGUGCUCCCCAGGCUUCAGAAACAGACCUCACCCAGGAUGAGUUACGAGCUCUGGCUGCGGCUGACCCGGGUGGUCCAUCGGCUCCACCAAUCGAGAAUGACCUGGAGGAAGAGGAGACUAGGUUUGAGGACGAGGAGCUGACGAAGGUCCAGUCUGAAGAGGAAACGGAACCGAACGCAAUCUCACUAACGAAUGAUGUUGCCAAGAACAUGGCGUGAUUUGGGUGGUGGCAGGACGGUGAACAUGAGAACGUCGAGUCUACAGUGCCCUUAAUGAAUUCUUUGAAGCUGCGAGGAGUGUGAGUACCUCGUACAUGGUUAAGACUGGAGUCAGCUGUACAUAUCGUACGUAUGCCUUUUUACGGUUCUAAGUCAUUUCCGUUAAAUCAAUCAAAAUCUUAUGAAUUUACUCAUACACUUGUAAGAGUUUGUUUGCAAAUUCAAUCCAACAGUUUGUAUUGUGUUCAGACUCCUUGAUAUUUCCAAGAGAGUGUUUUUGAAAACAUAUAUGCAUUAAGGAGAAUUAUAGCACAUAUUCAGUAAAGCUCAAGACAAUAUUUUAUCGUUUGUUACAUUGUUCAAAUGUGACUUUUUUUUUCUGAAGUCUUUCGAGGGCUAGUCCUGUUAAAUAGUUUGAUUGUGUAUUUUAAUUACAUUCAAUUUUCUUUUUCACGUUUCACUGUUGAAAAAACAGAAUCUGUGUUGUGUCUUUUUUAUAUUUAAACAAAUUAAACAGACAUCACCCAAUUUGUAAUCCCAGUUAAUAUGUGACAGUGAUGCACAAGGUGAAGGAAUGUCCUUCUUCCCAAAAUCUUUCAUACAGAUUACUAAAGUUGACUUUUCUUUGACAUCUAAAUUGCUCAUGGUUUUUACUAAAGUUGUUAUUCAGUUGGGAUUUUAACAACUUUUGGCUCCUUUUUCAAAACAUGCUUGUAAAAUGCAGUUUCUCCAGCAAGAGAAAUCUGACCAUUUUUAUACUGUUUGUGUCUGUGGUGGUGGGGGGGGGGGGUACAAACAUUUGUACUACAAUCUUGAAGGUAAGCUUGUGCACUGUGAUUGUGUGUCUUACCGUUUUGAGAAUAUCUACAUAGCUUUAUGGCAAAAAAAUAAAAUGGCUGAUUUUUCUUUUUCGAUAACAUGUACAUUGAUGGCAAACAUCUUCCUGUGUAGAGCAGGAUGGGUAAGACAGCUCUUCCUCCUGAAGGUGGUCUUCCUCUAUUCCUCACUGCAUGUCCAUGUGCUUGCUCAGUGUGCACCAUCACUUCUGCUGCAGUUCAGGACAUCUGCAGGUGACCGGCAGCAGGUCCAGUCCAUACGUGCAUGCCCAGUUCCAGGAGCACACCUGGAUGUAGACUCGUGCACAGAUCGUCGGAUUGGGUUGUUUUUUUGUUUGGGGUUUUUGUUUAUUUUUGGUGUCGCUUGAGCCAUCUUUUUUGUCUGAUGGCAGAUAUGCAGACAGACAAAUGUGACUGUGCACAAAGGUAGGCGCUUUUUCUUUUUGGCUAAAAAAGAAGGAAACGUAUAUCUGUGUUCAAUGUGUUUUAAAGCCUAUGUAUCCCAACAGUUCAGUGACAUCUAGCUCUGGGACAUUCUUAUGACGAAAUGAUGUAAUGACAGCUAUGAUUUCAAUUGUUUAUCAUCAAAAGAACGUCAUAAAUUGUGGUGUUCUAACACAUUUUGAUUAAACUAAUUGAA